AAACGCGACAAAAAUAAGUUUUUAUUUUAUUUUAAAAAGAGUAAUUUUAAUUAAAAGCAACAAAAAGUAAAAUGAAAUAAUAAAUAAUCAUUUAGUGAAAAAGGUUGAAAAACAAAAGGAGAGGAGAAGAGGCAGUGGGAGAGAGAUUUGAGAGAAGAAGCAUGUGGAAAAAGUGGAGCUUUUGAUAUCUCCUCUCCUCCGUUCUUUAGUUUUCCCACGAGAGAUUUCGCCGGCGAUGGCGGUGGAAUCCUUAGCGACGGAGAUGGACACGGCGGUGCGUGUUGUGCACCUCGCCUCUUCUCUCUGUGUUAAAGUUCAGGAGAAGCUUCGUCUUCCUUCCUCCACUAACGGCGGUCACGUUAAGUCCAAGGAUGAUGAUUCCCCUGUCACCGUCGCAGAUUGGGGUGUUCAAGCGAUCGUGAGCUGGGUUUUAGCUGAAGUUUUUGGUGGUCAAAGCCUCUCCAUCGUCGCCGAAGAAGACACAGAGUCCCUCUCCAAGGCUGAGUCAUUAGGUCUUUUAGGAGCUGUCUCCAACGCGGUGAACGAAGCUUUAUCCGAAGCUCCCAAAUACGGGCUUCCUAAGCCAGAUAAGCCCUUGGGAUCAACGGAGAUCCUCGAGGCUAUAGGUCGAUGCAACUCCGUUGGAGGUCCUAAAGGAAGGCACUGGGUUCUUGAUCCCGUCGACGGAACGUUAGGGUUCGUCCGUGGUGAUCAGUACGCUGUUGCUUUGGCUCUUAUAGAGAACGGUAAAGUCCUGUUGGGUGUACUAGGAUGUCCUAACUAUCCUCUCAAGAAAGAGUGCCUAAGCAACGGUUGCAACCAAACCACGACGAGUAAACCCGCGGCUGGAUCAGUGUUGAAAGGGUGUGUCAUGUAUGCAAAGAGAGGAACCGGUCAAGCGUGGAUGCAGCCGUUGGUCGCUGGAGGAAUCUCGGAAUCAGCAGCAACGCUCCUUAAGGUUUCAUCAGUCGAUGAUCCGGCUUUAGCUACGGUUUGUGAGCCAGUAGAGAGAGCAAACUCGAACCACUUGUUCACUGCAGGACUUGCCAAUAGCAUGGGAGUUAGGAAACAGCCGAUGAGAGUGUAUAGCAUGGUGAAAUACGCAGCGAUCGCGCGAGGAGACGCAGAAGUGUUUAUGAAGUUUGCGCAGUCGAGUUACAAGGAGAAGAUAUGGGACCACGCGGCUGGAGUGGUGAUAGUGGAAGAAGCAGGUGGUGUGGUGACUGAUGCGGGAGGGAGAGACUUAGACUUCUCGAAAGGAGUCUACUUGGAAGGUCUUGACCGAGGGAUCAUAGCUUGUUCCGGUCAGGUUUUGCAUGAGAAGAUCAUUGGUGCGGUUUAUGCAAGUUGGGAAUCUUCCAGCCUCUGACAAAAGGCUUUAGCCACGAUCCUCGGUUUGGUCUAGUAGCAUCGUCGAGCCAACGGUUUUAUAGCAAAGGUCGGGGGAAUAAGGACCACUUUGGUAAACUACGAUUUACUAUGGGGAUGAAUGUGAAAUCGUGGAGAAGUAAAUAGUAAAAGGAAGCAGCGGUAAAAGUAAGAAUCUAUUUAUCUAUCUCUUCUAUAGUAAUAAAAGCUGCUCUAUUCACGUACCUCUUUUAUGCCCUUAGUGGAUGAUAUAAAUUUUUGUUUAGCUUCGUACUGUAAUUUCUUACCCUGCAAAACACGAUACUGCAUAAACCUUUUUUUUUAAGACAAAACGAUAAAAAGUAGUUUUUCUUUAAGAAACACGUUGUUAUGAGAUAAUUCAGUAGAUCUCCUCACUAAAUAACAUCAUGAUAUUUUAAUGGCGGAUGAUGGAUGAAUAAUGGGUGUAUAUAAUAGGAUCAGCCUGCAAAAUCCAAGAUGGUAAUGGUCUGAUUUUGGGUUAAUAAAUUGUAUUUAUUGGGCCGGCCCGAUCGGUUAU